AGCUGUGUGGAUGCGGAGACGCUCUGAGGCCCGGCCUUUGGGGUCUGUCUGCGGAGAGGGCUCACAGGACCGACGAAAAGAUGAUGCUUUCAAGGGCCAAACCUGCUGUAGGCGGGGACCUACCGCAAGCGGACAAAAGAAAGAAGAAAGGUAGGAAGAUUCCAAAGCUAGAGGAGCUGCUUUCGCAACGAGAUUUCACUGGAGCUAUUACUCUAUUGGAGUUCAAACGUCAUGUUGGGGAACAGGAAGAGGAUACUAAUUUGUGGAUUGGAUACUGUGCCUUUCACCUGGGUGACUACAAGAGAGCUUUAGAGGAAUAUGAAAAUGCAACAAAAGAGGAAAACUGCAAUCCUGAAGUCUGGGUGAACCUAGCCUGUACCUACUUCUUUCUUGGAAUGUAUAAACAAGCUGAAGCAGCUGGAUUUAAAGCUCCAAAAAGCCGACUUCAAAACCGCCUCCUCUUCCACUUGGCUCACAAGUUUAAUGAUGAGAAGAAAUUGAUGAACUUUCAUCAAAAUCUUCAGGAUAUCACAGAAGAUCAGCUCAGUUUGGCCUCAAUCCACUAUAUGCGAUCUCACUACCAAGAAGCUAUUGAUAUUUAUAAGCGAAUACUGCUAGAUAACAGGGAAUACCUUGCCCUCAAUGUGUAUGUGGCCCUGUGUUACUACAAGUUGGAUUACUACGAUGUGUCUCAAGAAGUCCUGGCUGUUUACCUUCAGCAAAUUCCUGACAGUACCAUCGCGCUCAAUCUUAAGGCCUGUAAUCAUUUUCGCCUUUACAACGGCAAAGCAGCUGAGGCAGAACUCAAAAGCUUGAUGGACAACGCUUCUUCUUCCUUUGAAUUUGCUAAAGAACUCAUCAAGCACAAUCUGGUUGUUUUCCGAGGAGGUGAAGGGGCUUUGCAGGUUUUGCCCCCACUGGUUGAUGUCAUUCCUGAAGCUAGGCUGAACUUGGUGAUUUACUACCUUCGUCAAGAUGAUGUACAAGAAGCUUAUAACUUAAUUAAAGAUCUGGAACCUACCACUCCUCAGGAGUAUAUCCUCAAAGGAGUGGUCAAUGCAGCCCUAGGCCAGGAAAUGGGUUCGAGGGAUCAUAUGAAAAUUGCCCAGCAGUUCUUCCAGUUGGUGGGAGGAUCAGCUAGUGAAUGUGAUACAAUACCAGGGAGGCAGUGCAUGGCUUCCUGUUUCUUCCUGCUGAAGCAAUUUGAUGAUGUCUUGAUUUACCUCAACUCGUUCAAGAGUUACUUCUAUAAUGAUGACAUCUUUAACUUUAAUUAUGCCCAAGCCAAAGCUGCAACAGGCAAUACUAGUGAGGGUGAAGAGGUUUUCCUUUUAAUCCAAAGUGAGAAGAUGAAAAAUGACUACAUUUACCUCAGUUGGUUAGCUCGGUGCUAUAUCAUAAAUAAGAAACCAAGAUUAGCCUGGGAACUUUAUCUCAAGAUGGAAACCUCUGGCGAGUCCUUUAGCCUCUUACAGCUCAUUGCUAACGACUGCUACAAGAUGGGCCAGUUUUACUAUUCAGCCAAAGCAUUCGAUGUCUUAGAGAGGCUGGAUCCCAACCCUGAAUACUGGGAAGGCAAGAGGGGUGCCUGUGUAGGCAUCUUCCAGAUGAUCUUAGCUGGCAGAGAACCCAAAGAGACCCUUCGAGAAGUGCUCCAUUUACUGAGAAGCACGGGUAACACCCAAGUAGAGUACAUCAUCCGGAUCAUGAAGAAAUGGGCCAAGGAAAACAGAGUGCCUGUCUAAAGGAGCUCCAGAGUCCUUGGGAACAGUCACGGCUUUGACAUAAACUUGGAAAUCACUUUCCUCAAGUUUCAUGUAGGAUGCAGGGCUCUGUUUUAUUGACCUUUCCUUCCUUGUUCUUCGAGCCUCCAGAUCAGUGGCUGGCUUGCUUAGACCUAGCCUCCUGGCUGGACUAGGAGCCACAGUCUGUGUUGUGGCUCCUGUAUGAUCUGACUAGCAAUAAGACUUUGGACUUGUCUGGUGCCUUUCUUCCAGAAAUACUCAGAGUCCUCUUAUACUGUAAUUGACUGACUUUGAGGAGAAUGGCAUAACAUUUUUUAUAUUAGCAUUCCACAGCAUUUUCUCCUGGCUGCAAUAACAAAUGCCUUUAAUGCUCAAGAGUCACCGUCAUUCUAUCAUCUUAAUUUUAGCCAUCCAUGUACAUUAUCCCAUUUUACUGGGGAAUUCCAUAGAGUUUUGUAAUGCUUCUUUGAAUCUUGGGAGAGCAGUGGUUAUAAAUAGCCAUGUGAUUCUAAGAAUGGCAGUAAGAUCCUUUAUCAGACUGUCCAGUCAUUAAUAGAUAAUAGGCUUAUGGGAAUACUCUUUGAGUAAUUGAAUUCUUGAUGAUAACAACAUGUUACAAUGGAGUAACAUGAGUAUUGCAGUUGUUUAAAAAGUGAGUACUAGGAAAAAAGUCUCUGUGGUACAUUUAAAGAUAUUCAGGAAACAAAGUGUACAAAUCUCAUUAGCCACUUCAUUACAUUUUAGGUAACAAAACGAAUUAGGUUUUUUCUUCAUGUAUCUUCCUGAAUAAAGAUCAAUUUUGAAGUUAAGGCUGCAAAGAUUACAUAUAUGCAUUGUGGCCAUUCAUUAAUGUAAUGAUAAUAGACAUGGAUUGUGUGAGCCCUUUGAGGGACCUCCUAAUGGCUGGAUCCUCUGUCCUAAGUCGUGUGCUAGCCUCAUGUUUCUGAGCUCUCACAACAUGAACCUAUUAUACAAUUGAGCAUUUUGAGGCUCACAGCCUAUUUUCAGAAGAUAGACUUACAUAUUUUGACGUACUAGAUUACCUUUGUUUCUACACCAUAUAAUUUUUUCUAUUAGUUUAAGGUAGCCAGUAUUACAGGUGUAGAAAGUACAGAGCCAUCGCUAUCCAGCAUGAGAACUGAAAAAAGUCGAAAUUCCCUGAAGCACUAAAGACGGAAGAAUUCCUGUAAGGCUGCCUCAGUUGUCCCACCCAGAGCCCCACCAUCCACUGUGGCUGGAGAAGCUGUACACACAGCAGGAGUCAAGGCGGCUGAGGGGGAAGAACAGUGGGCACAGAGAGCCUUUGCCUUCUCGACAGUUGAAGGGGUGCUUUCGGCGCUCCUCGGGAAGACGGCCAGUUCCCCAUCUUUUACCUUGGACCUGGGUCUGAUCAGUGCAGAGCACACAUCACAAGAAACUGGCCUGAAUAAGUGAAUUUUAGAAAACAAAAUUACAUCAUUUUUCAUAUGCCAAAGUUUCUCUGUUUCCUUGCUAUGUUGUUCCUACUUUUUCAAUAAUUGGUUCUCAGUGUCUAAGAUACUAGGUGGGUCGGAUCUGGGCAGAACCUGCUACAAUUUUUAGAAUCUUUCUUGUGAUUCUUACUUACCUCAUUUAAAAUAUUAGGAAACAUAGUAGUGGAAAAAGACAGAUGGAACUCCUUACUGGCUUUUGGCAAUGGAUUUGUCUUCCACUUAAUAGCUAUUAUUUUCAAAUUUCUUAUACUUGAAAAGCUUUUCCAUUGAUGGUGAUUUGCUUUUAAAUGAGCUUUCACUGAACUUAACACUCUAGCUUCUCCCUGCCAUUUUCCUGUCUUUUGAAAAACUACAGAUAGUCCAAAAAUGGUAAUUCCCAGAAUUUUAGACUAAUUUUUUAAAAAGUUUUUAAUCUAUAGAAUUGAGCCAAAAACCAUAAAGACUAGUUUAAGAGAGAUACCAUUCAAUUCUGCUAUUAGGGAUAGCUGCUUCUGAAACGUCUUGGCAGGGUCUCAAGACGGCAGAGUAGCAUUGCGCGGCUGUUUGCCUUCUAUGUGAUGAUAUAGCAGAGAGGACGGCCCAGCCUUAGGACUGUAGUAUGGUGUGGACAGUUUGUAGCAUCAAUGUACUAUUUAUAGUCUGUAGCAAAUAUUACUUGCAAGUGGAAAAAAUUUUUAAAUUAUUUUUAUACUUCAAAAGAAUUAUUAUUAUGUAAUGUAUUCAAAUUAAACUUUAUUAUUUGGUUCUUC